CAAAGUCUUUCUCUCUUUCCUUUCACUAAUUUAACUUUAUUGUUUUUAAAAUUGUUAAUUAAAACACCAUUUCUUAAUAAGAAGAGUAUUAUUAUCUUAAAUUAUCCAAUGGAAUCGGCCAAAGAGGAGUUACAAUCUUACUGGGAAGUAGCCAGUAUCACUCAUUUUUGUCAUUUAUUCAAAAAAAAGUUGAAAUUACCUCCGUUUGAUUUUGAGCUUCUAGAGAAUGCCUUAUUGGAACCAAUUACUCCCGAGGGGGAUGAAUCUGGAAAAUUACUCAUUGAUAAAAUUUUGCAAGUUCUAGUUGCUGGUUAUUUUGGACCAUCUAUUUUGAUAGAUGAGACGACAUUUGAUCACUAUUUUAGAGAACUAAUUGAAGUAGAAUGGAUUCAAAAUGACAAGUUGAAGAAUCCUCUUAUACAAAUUUCGUUGGAUGAAAACGGAGAGGAAAGAAAAGAAUGGGUCGAUUUCCAUGCACUUCAUGUUCGCACCAAAGUUCAAAUUCUUUACAAGUUAUGUGAUUAUCGGCUUGCUGCUCAGGAUUCAUCUACUUUUGUUAAGGAUGCGGCAGGUAAACUCAGACACAAGCCUAUCGGUAUUGAUUCUUUGGGUUAUGUUUAUUGGUACUUUCAUGGUAGAAGACUAUAUAAGGAAAAACCAAAAGUUGCGAAAAUUCUUGUCGAAAAGUUACGUGAGCCAAUGAAACCUGUCAACGGUUUAUCAGCCUCUCCUGUUAAAGAAAUAGUUGCAAAUGGCGCUGCCGAUAUUAAAUGUAAUUCUCCGAUCAAAGAAAAUCCCGAUGGAGGGAAUCCAGAUUUAGCGAAGUCAGCUCCUAUAAGUGAAGAUUCAAAUAAUUACAGCAAAACAAUGGCUUCUGGUCUCAAAAAUCAAACAACUUUAUGGAGUUGGUUGAAAAAAGUUCAAUCCAAACCGGAACCCAAAUCAACCACCGGCGUUCCAGUAUCUAUACUUAAAGAAUCUUGGUCUGUAAUUUGUCAUAAUGUGGAAGAUUGGCGGAAGCUGAUUGAAAGAAUGAAACAUAGUUUAAGUUUAACUGAUCGAGAACUUGCUGAACGAUUCAAGCUGACCUACUUACCUAAAGCAAUAGAGGCAGAAGAAGCAUUUCUCAAGCGACAAAGAGCAGAGGAGAGAGCAAGGCUCAUAGCCUUGAUGCCUAAAAGACAUUCUGAAAGAAUAGCCACUAAAUUAGCUCGAUAUGAUUCCUUAUUACAAUCAAAUGUCAUUGAUAGCAAAUUGAGAAACCGAGAAAAUCGCGAUCAAUUGCGCAAACUAUAUCAAGAAGCCUGUUCAGAUCUCGAUGAAAAGGACAAGAGUUUCGAUCCCAGCAAAGAAUUAAAUAAAGAAAAAGUCGUCGUUAAACAAUAUCCAGUUAUCAACCAUAGAUAUUCAACACGUAGAAAGAUGUUGGAUUCUGAUGAACCAUCAUCAUAUAAUGAAGAAAAUUCGCAAACAUCAUCAGGUGUUGGGUCAUCUUUAUCUGAUGAAGUAACCAAAAUGCACUCUCCUGAACCAGAUGUAACAGAUGAACCAGAUGAACAAAAUGAGUCAGAUGAACCAAAAGACUUUUCUUCAGAGUCUGAUUUGUGCCCCGAUGAUGACCCGACACCAGCAAAACGUUUGAAAGAAGACUUAAUAGUCAAUUAGUUUCACUUUCUAAUAGUCCUCUCAGUCCGAUAAAAAUUUAAAUCAUCUAAAAUCAUUUAAUUUCCUUUCAUUCUUCAAAUUGCAUUACUUUUUCCCUUUUAUUUAGUUAGGACUUUCUUAAUAUUUUCAUUUAUUUUUAUAAAAUUGUGUAAAAUGCCUAUUUUUCAAAAAUAAACUAAUGAUUGAAGAAA